CCGAGCAAAACACUACAGUGAUAAACUGCAUUGAGGAGACUUUACAAGACCAUUUAAAAGAGUUUUGACACGCUGAGGUUUCUUAUACUUGGACAUAGUUGAACUUACUAACAGACACAAUGAUGAUAGAUGUUGAGAGUCAGUUAGCUGAAGAAGGAGCGCAGGUGACGGUGUCGAGGAGGAGGUCCGGUGUCUGGCGGGUGUGUGGGGUCCUGCUGGCUGUGGCCCUGUGUGCCGCCGCCGCUGUCUGCUUCACAUUCAACAAGUCUCAGAACAAUCAGGAAAGUGGAAAUGAGCUGAGGCUAACAUUAAGAGACCAUCUUUCAAAAGAAAAUGUCACUUCCAAGGCCGCGAUCCAUUUAACAGGUGCAUAUGACCCUGACGUGUGUACGGACAACCUAGACUGGAAACAGAACCAGGACCAGGCUUUUGUUUCAGGUGGCUUGAAACUAGUGGACAGAGAGAUCAUCAUUCCUUACGACGGCAUUUACUUCGUCUACAGUCAGGUGUCUUUCCACAUCAGCUGCAAGGCUGACGUGACUGAGGAACACGAGGGCGUGCACAUGAGCCACGCAGUGUUGCGCUUCUCGGAGUCCUACGCCAGCUACAAGCCGCUCUUCAGCGCGAUCCGCUCGGCCUGCGUGCACGCGACUGACACUGAAGACCUGUGGUACAACACCAUUUACCUCGGAGCGGCCUUCAACCUGCGAGCUGGAGACAAACUGCGCACCGACACCACCACAGAACUCCUGCCCCGCGUGGAAAGCGAAAACGGAAAGACCUUCUUUGGGGUGUUUGCUUUAUGAGAUCAGAUGCACUCAAAAAAUCAGUGGAAACAGUACGCAGUUUACUUUAAAUAUUUACACGUUUAUUUACAGUUUUUUUUAAAUACUUAUUUAUUUUAUAUUUAUUAUAUAUUAUUUAUAUUAUUUAUUUUUACAUGUACAGUAUAUGGUACUGCAGUGGACAUUUGUAAAUGCACUGGACAUUUCAAGUCAAAAAUACAUGUAAAUGACGUGCUGUUUAAAUUAAUGUGUAAUGCGAAUGUUAAUAUUUUGUAUUUAUGAGGAGUUUAUUUAUUGAACUAUUCAUUAAAUUAAUGAAAAUGCACUGUCUCUAUAUAACUCUGAAGUGUAAUUUGCAUUUUCUCUGCAAUUUCCAUCUUUUCCUUUUAAUCAGCAAUUGGUUCUGAUAAUAGGCUUCUGAGAGAACAAAGAGUAGAAACACCGAUUGUGCAAAGGUGUUACAAGGUAUUAACUUGUACAAGUGCUUAUGACACACCAAAUCGAUAACAUCAUGAUGCAGUUUAAUCUCCAUCUGUGUUUGGAAUGGAAUACUAGUUAACUGUAGUAGAGUAUAGCAAUAUACUGCCAAUGUGUACUGUAUUAUUAUUAUUUAAUAUUGGUUUAUAGAAUGCGACAGUGACUGCCAACUUUAUUGGUGAGUAUUUCUCCGAAUCAUUUUUUACCAUUGUGAUCUAAAAAAAAAGUCUCUGUUAUAAGCCAUGAUCCAAACCAACAAGA